CGGGGCAGCUGGCGCUCUCAGCUCUCUGCUCGGCUCUCACUGCUGGAAAUGGCGAUCCGGGCUGGCCAGCUCUGUUCUCCGCGUCUCCUGCUGGCGCUUUUCGCGUUAAUCGCCUGCGGACCGCAGUCUGCUCUUUGCUGUCCGAGCCGCUGCUUGUGUUUCCGAACCACGGUGAGAUGUAUGCAUUUGAACCUGGAAACCGUGCCGGCUGUGUCUCCGCAGACAACCAUUCUAGACCUGAGAUUCAACAAAAUCAAGGAUUUACAACCAGGCUCCUUCAGGCGACUAACGAACCUCAACACACUUCUCCUCAACAACAAUCAUAUACGAAGGAUUCCCAAGGGAGCGUUUGAAGACCUAGAAAACCUCAAGUAUCUCUAUUUGUACAAGAAUGAAAUCCAAUCAAUUGACAGACAAGCAUUUAAGGGCCUUGUCUCUCUUGAGCAACUCUACCUGCACUUCAACAGCAUCGAUUCUUUGGAACCAGAAUCCUUCAGCCAUCUGCCGAAGUUGGAACGACUGUUUUUGCACAAUAACAGAAUAACACAGCUCAUUCCAGGAACCUUCGCUCAUCUUGAGUCCAUGAAACGAUUGCGGCUGGACUCUAACACUUUAAGCUGUGACUGUGAGCUGCUGUGGCUGGCCGACCUACUGAAGCAGUACGCCGAGUCAGGAAACGCCCAGGCUGCUGCCACCUGCGAGCAUCCCAGUCGACUGCAGGGCCGAUCGGUGGCCACCCUCACUGCUGAGGAGCUCAAUUGCGAGGUACCAAGGAUUACCUCAGAGCCCCGGGAUGUCGAUGUCACAUCAGGAAACACUGUUUACUUCACCUGUAGGGCUGAGGGAAACCCCAAACCUCAGAUUAUCUGGCUCAGGAACAACAACGCUUUAAAUAUGCGAGAUGACAAUCGUCUGAACCUCCUGGAGGACGGGACACUGAUGAUUCAAGACACCAGAGAGACUGACCAGGGAGUUUACCAAUGCAUGGCCAAGAAUGUAGCUGGGGAAGUCAAGACUUCAGAGGUCACUCUUCGAUACUUUGGAGCUCCCUCCCGGCCAAGUUUUGUCAUUCAACCCCAGAACACAGAGGUGCUGGUGGGUGAGAGCGUGACCCUGGAAUGCAGCGCCACUGGUCAGCCACAGCCAAGAGUCACAUGGACGAAGGGUGACCGCACGCCACUGCCUAGUGACACUCGCAUCAACAUCACUCCAUCUGGGGGGCUUUACAUCCAAAAUGUUGUCCGAGAGGAUGGAGGACUAUACACAUGCUUCGCCUCCAAUAAUGUGGAUACCAUACAUGCUACAGCACGCAUCAUUGUCCAAGCGACUCCCCAGUUUACCGUCACACCACAGGACCAGUCAGUUUUGGAGGGUAACAACGUGGAUAUUCCCUGUGAGGCGAGUGGUUACCCAGAGCCAGUGAUUGUCUGGACUCGAGGUGGAAAUUUACUGCCUUCUGACCGACGACAUGCAAUUCUGCCUCCUGGUACCCUCCGUAUAACUCGUGUUGCGACCCAUGACGAAGGCCAGUAUGAGUGUGAGGCAGUGAGUCCAGUGGGGACAGUGCGCGCAACUGUGCAGCUCAGCAUUGAGCAAAGAGCGGCCCCCCAGUUCACCAUAACGCCACAGGACCAGUCAGUCUUGGAGGGUAAUACGGUGGAUUUUCCCUGUGAGGCAAGUGGCUCUCCAACGCCACUGAUCAUAUGGACUCGAGGUGGAAGUCCUCUUCCCUCGGACCGCCGCCACGUCAUCCUGGCCUCCGGUACGCUCCGCAUCACUCGGGUUGCUGCACACGAUGAGAGCCAGUAUGAAUGCGAGGCGGUGAGCACGGUGGGAACGGUCCGCACCACUGUGCAGCUUAGCAUCGAGCAAAGAGUAACGCCUGUUUUCACAAAUGCUCCAAGGGACCUGACUGUGGAGUCUGGUCAGGAUGUGCAGAUUCCCUGCAGUGCUCGGGGCCAGCCGCGGCCGGUCCUCACCUGGAACAAGGAUGGUGUUCAGAUAACAGAGAGCGGCAAGUUCCACAUCAGUGAAGAAGGUUACCUGGAGGUGAAAGAUGUUGGCACUGCAGAUGCUGGACGCUAUGAAUGUGUAGCCCGGAACCCCAUUGGAUACCAGGCUGCUCGAAUGGUGCUUACAGUCACAGUGCCUGCUAUCAGCCGAGAGGGAGACACAUUUGUGAGCACAUCCAUAGAGCAGGCCAUCCGGACUGUGGACAGUGCAAUUGAGUCCACAAGGAGACGGCUCUUUGACGGUCAGCCUCGUACUCCAGGAGAGCUGCUCGCUCUUUUCCGAUAUCCACGUGAUCCCUAUACGGUGGAGCAGGCCCGUGCCGGGGAGAUCUUUGAGCAGACUCUUCUGCUCAUCCAAAACCACGUCAACCAGGGUCUCAUGGUGGACACCAACGGUACCGCAUUUCGCUACAAUGAUUUGGUUUCACCCCGGUUUCUGGAAAUGAUUGCUAAUCUCUCUGGCUGCACAGCCCAUCGCCGCAACAACAACUGCUCAGACAUUUGCUUCCAUCAGAAGUACCGUAGCCAUGAUGGGACCUGCAACAACCUGCAACACCCCAUGUGGGGUGCCUCACUCACUGCGUUUGAACGUCUCCUGAAGCCAGUUUAUGACAAUGGCUUCAACCUGCCCAGAGGAACCACAGACAGGGUUCAUAAUGGUUAUCGACUGCCCCUGCCUAGACUGGUGUCCACCACAAUGAUUGGAACAGAGACCAUCACACCUGACAAUCGCUACACUCACAUGCUGAUGCAGUGGGGUCAGUUCCUGGACCACGACUUGGAUUCCACAGUAGUGGCCCUGAGUCAGGCUCGGUUUUCUGAUGGCCAGCUGUGUGCUCAAGUCUGCACCAAUGACCCGCCGUGCUUUCCAAUCCAGUUCCCACCCAAUGACCAGCGGCAGCUGCGAAGCGGUGCUCGCUGCAUGUUCUUUGUCCGUUCCAGCCCAGUGUGUGGUAGCGGGAUGACGUCCCUGCUCAUGAAUAGUGUUUAUCCCAGAGAACAGAUCAACCAGAUCACCUCCUACAUUGACGCCUCCAAUGUCUAUGGCAGCUCACGACAUGAAUCGGAGCAGAUUCGCGACAUGGCCAGCCACAGAGGGCUUCUUCGUCAAGGCAUCAUACAACGAACAGGGAAGGCACUUCUUCCAUUUGCCACAGGACCGCCUACUGAGUGCAUGAGGGAUGAGAACGAGAGUCCAAUCCCUUGCUUCUUGGCUGGAGAUCACCGUACCAAUGAACAACUUGCCUUGACUUCUAUGCACACUGUGUGGUUCAGGGAGCACAACCGCAUCGCUACAGAACUGCUGAGACUGAAUCCCCACUGGGACGGCGACACCAUCUACCACGAGACCAGAAAAAUAGUGGGGGCCCAGAUGCAACACAUCACCUACAAUCAUUGGUUACCAAAGAUACUCGGUGAAGCGGGAAUGAGGAUUUUAGGGCCGUACACCGGUUAUGACCCCAAUGUUAACGCUGGCAUCUUCAAUUCGUUCGCCACAGCAGCUUUCCGCUUUGGACAUACCCUCAUCAACCCAAUACUCUACAGGUUAAAUGAGCACUUCGAACCUAUCACCCAGGGUCACAUCUCACUGCACCGGGCCUUCUUCUCUCCUUUCCGCAUCGUAAAUGAGGGAGGCAUCGACCCGCUCCUUCGUGGACUGUUUGGUGUUGCUGGCAAGAUGCGCGUUUCCACCCAACUUCUGAACACUGAGCUCACUGAGAAGUUAUUUUCCAUGGCCCAUGCUGUGGCACUGGAUCUUGCUGCCAUGAAUGUUCAGAGAGGAAGGGAUCAUGGCAUACCACCAUACAAUGACUACAGGACCUUUUGUAACCUGACCUCAGCUCAGACAUUUGAUGACCUGAAGAAUGAAAUCAAAAACCCUGAUGUCAGAGAAAAACUACGAAGGCUAUACGGUACGCCUCUCAACAUUGACUUGUUCCCAGCCCUGAUGGCUGAAGAUCUGGUCCCUGGCAGUAGAUUGGGUCCCACCCUCAUGUGUCUUCUCGCAACGCAAUUCAAGCGUGUCCGAGAUGGAGACCGGUUCUGGUAUGAAAACCCAGGAGUGUUCACUCCAGCACAGCUGACACAGCUUAAGCAAGCGUCCCUAGCUCGAGUUGUUUGUGACAAUGGAGACAACAUCACCCGGGUCCAGCGGGACGUGUUCACGGUGGCCGACCUGCCCCACGGAUACGGAAACUGUGAUGAUGUUCCUCAGAUUGACUUGCGAAUGUGGCAGGAUUGCUGUGAAGACUGCAGGACCAAGGGUCAGUUCAAUGCCCUGUCAUACCACUUCAGGGGACGAAGAUCAGCUGAGCACAGCUACAAGGAGGAGAAACAUGACAGCAGCAUUCAGGACACAAGCCCUCUGGAAAAAGCUCAAAACAGUCUUUCAAAUGUCACUUUGAGCUCCAAGUUAAGCAGUGAACCUUCAAUUGGUGACUUCCAGGAGUUUGUCUCAGACAUGCAGAAGACCAUCUCAAGCUUAAGGAAACAGAUUAAGAAACUGGAAGCUCGUCUGCACAAGUCCUCCUGCACAGACGGCGAGGGGCGCGAGCGGACAGAUAGAGAGCGCUGGAGAAAGGACUCGUGCUCGACGUGUGAAUGCAGAGAUGCCCAGGUGACCUGCUUCAUUGAAUCGUGUCCAACUGUGGAGUGCAAACAGCCCAUCAAGCUAAAAGGUGCCUGCUGCCCUGUGUGCCUCCAGGAAGAAGAUGACAACAAGAGGCAAAAAGCUGACACCCACCACAAGUAACUUUCAGGACCCUCCCCAACAACCUCACACCCUGACAGUCUAGUGUCUGAAACCCACAGAAAAUCAGACAAAUCAAGAGAGAAGAUGAGACUGACUCAUAGCCACGGUUGACCUCGACAAAACCAACAGCCUCUCAGUUUGUUGUUUUUUUUUUAAUCAGGGGGGCAAUUUCUGUUUUUCUCUUGUUUUCAAAUUUGUCCAGCGUUCAGUUUGAAAUUGAUCAGCAAUAAGUCAACAGGCACUCCAUGGAUUUACUUCUGUAGCAAUGAAUAGAUUAAUGGAUUAUAUAAACAGGAUGGAGAAAAGUGUCCUCUGGCACUGAGGUGCUGUUUGCUCUCCAUGGGAAAAUGCAGGACCAGCUGCCAUUGACAAGCAGGAAAGGGAAGUGGAUGGAAGGGCGGCAGUUGUCUCAAAAAAUCUCAGGUUAGAGAUACCGAAAAACUGGUGCUAUUUCCCUGUUUUUACUCUAAGAUAAUCUCUAAAUACGAACCUUAAAGUAUUAUCGUUUGUAUACAAAGCCACCUAUAUACACGCAAUACGUCUUUUAUUGAUACAUCAGACUUGAGUGGAUUAUUUUAUUCAAGGACUUUUAUUGAAUAAUUGUCUUUUUAUUCUCUGGUGCUUUAUUGUUGUUGCUUUUUACCCUUUUUUCCUAUGUAAAAUGCUUAUAUGUGAAAAUAAUGUGAAGCCCUGCGAAAAUGUUUGUAAUGCAAAAGAAACAUGUCUACUGAUGCCUGCUCUUCUGUUCGUGGGAUAGCUGUCUCGUCUCUCUCCCGGGCCUCAGGUGAGGUGGUGCAGGGAGGCACUCAUCUGUGGAGGAAACCCGACUCAACUCCUGCAGCACUGUCCUCUUCAACUCUACGGGUCUGUCUCAAUAAAUUAGAUUAGCAUCAAAAAGUAAAUUUAUAUCAGUAGGGACAAUGGAAGCAUGUAUCUCUAGUCAUUUUUAUGAUCAUGGGGAAAAUAAAAACCCAAAAUUCAGUUCCUGCAAAAAUAGAAUGUUCAGUGUAUGCACUCAGUACGUGGCUGGGAUUCAGUUUGCAUGAAUUAUCGAUGUGGUUAUGGAGGAGAUAAAUCUGUGGUUCUACCGAGGUGUUUAGGAAGCUCAGGUUGCUUUCAGACUGGCCUUCAAAUUGUUUGCAUUUGUAGAUCUGAUGCCUCUCAUCUUCCGCUCGAGAAUGUCACAUGGAUCUCUAUGGGGUUUAAAUCAGAUUUGUCAGCAGGCUAAUCAAUGACAUUGAUAUGAACACCUGUCAGGUCAACCAUCUUCACAAUGAUUGUGAAUCCAGGGUUUUUCAAAGAGUGAUAAAGUUUUAAUACUUUUUAUUGCAACUUUUGAACUUGUUGAAAUAAAUCGCACAAAAUACUGCAAUACAGUUUUACACCCAUAUCACCACUCUCUACUUUUAAGCCUUAGUCAUCAAAUGAACAAAAAACACUCAUAACAUGUCAUCUAAUGUGUAAUGAAUCUACAAGAGUUGUAUUUUGAAUUUAGGAAUUGAACAUUUUUAGCUUAUGAGAAAUUAGUAUUCUAAAUUUUUGAGAUGCACCUGUUUUUGUGCUUCUGGAAAGCACUGAACCAAUAUAUGUUUGUACAUCUGUAAAGUUAUGAACUUCCUCCCAAUGUCUUCUCCUCAAUUUCUAAAGCCAAAAAUAGUAUUGCAGAAUUUCUUACAUUAUGUAAUUAGCAUAUAUUAAACUAUGUAUGGAUGUUGUAAAAAAUCUGGAUGCAGCCUUUGGUACUGCUAAAUUUACUGUGGCAGUAUUCACUUUUCAGCUGCUAAUGGUUUAUUUUCUUACACAUUCGGUCUUUAUUCAUAACUACAAAGGUCUGUCUGUUUCUCUGGUGCGCCAGUUUUUACAAGGACAUGCUUGCAUACAUUAUUUAGUCUUUAACUUCAACUCCUUCUUUCCUUUAGUUCUUUUUUCUGUCUCUCUCUCGUUUUUCUCCAAGGACAGUUUUCAGUGUAUGGAAUGCUGACCCCACUCUUGUUUUCUUGCCAUAUUGGAGAUUUGAGUCUGAACUGACGUCACGUCGUAGUGUGCAGACUCUCUCUCCCUCCAGCCUUCUGACCCUCAUUCCACUGUAAUAGAAGCCAUAUGAGAAGGGGAAUGAGGGUGAUAAUGGGGGAGGGGCAAUUUCACGAUUGGACCUUACGUAUGUACUGUACAUAUAAAAAUACCACUCAUUAUUCAUCAUGCACUGGCUUCCAUUGUCUGAUUGUGUUGUACUUCCAAGUGCCUCUUCAUAUUGGUUCUUUUUGAAGCAAGCAUCUGUCACUGAGAACAAAUAGUACUCACCAGUAUUUUAAUGGUUUCAGAUGACUUGGUGGCUUCAGUCACACUGGUAUCAUAUGCUUGCACAUUUUUGUAUGUUUACAGUUUUUGUUUCUGCAGCAACAGACUAAAUGCAUUUUUUUGGCAAGGGGCUAAAGCACUCCUUCACCAGUCUGCAUUGUAAUAUAUCUGGCUUAUUUGGUCAUUUUUUAUUUUUCCCCCUUUGAAAAAUUUCCAGGCGUCGAUGGAAUGCACUGCCCUGCAAGACUGGACAUGCUUUACCUACACUGUCCAAGCACCCAGCGGUCAAUGAGGACAUACUAGAACCCAUUGUGACAGUUGUAUUGUACUUUUGCCAAAGAAUGGUUUGCACUGUAAUGUAUGCCUUUCAACAGUGAUAAUAAAAAAGCCACAUUUCAAUUACA